AAGAGGCCACAUUCAUGGCGCGCUGUAUUUGAUUUGGUAAUAUAUUUCUCUGUGGAGGAAAAUUAAACCGUCUUCAAGUUUAAACAGAUGGAUUUUAAAAAAGGAAAGCAAAAGAAGCAAGAAAAUUUUAAAGAUAAUUACGAGCAAUUAUGUGCAAUCCAAGAUUCUUGCCCGCUUGCUACCAUUACGGCCAAUUUGCAAGAACUCCUCAUCGACUGCAACGCAGAUCGCAUCAGGCUUUCAGACUGGACACCGAUUCUCAAGGCCAUAAAAUCUGACGAUUCUCUCAAGUCUAUUGCUUUUAGAAGUUUCUGGCAGCCAAAUGCAUAUUCUCAAGAAUCAACAUCACAACAAAGAGCGUACAUAUUGAGGAGAAGAACUCCUGCAGUAAGAAGUAGAGAUGUGACAAACAAAAUUUGCAGAGCCCUGAAAGACUUUCUAACAACAUCAAGUUGCAUUGAGUGUUUGGUUUUACAAGGUAUCCCAUUAAGAGAGAGAGAUCUAAGCAUUCUUGCUAGUGGUAUUAUGAAAAGCAAAUCUUUGCAAAUGAUCUCGCUGGAAUCUUCGCAAAUAGGUGAUGCUGGCUUGAAAGCAUUAGCACCUGGACUCAAGAGUUUGUUGAAUCUGAAGUAUGUAUGUCUGAGUGGUUGCAGUUUGACUUGGAAAGGAAUGGACAUCAUUAGUGAAAUUAUACAGCAUCAAGCAACGAAACGUCAUGGGGAAGCAUGGCAGGAAAGUCUUCGCUACCGAAGGCCAGAUCUUAACGGCAUGCUAGGUCUACGCCGAAUCGAUCUUUGCCAGAAUGCACUCAUCGGGGAUAAAGGCGUUCAAAUCCUUGCAAAUUCUUUGAAGGAUGACUUGUGGAUAAAAGCUCUGGAUCUUCAGCGUUGUGGAAUAUCAUCUCAGGGAGCUGAUGCAAUCUUGUCUGCUCUUGAUUUUAACAGAUCAGUUCGCGUUCUUGAUGUGAGACUGAAUCCUCUACUUGAAAGAGCGAAGAUCAAGGCCGUGCUUGAAAAAGUUAUGUUGAAUUCUGGUGGUGAAGACCCACAGUAUCCAUGGAAAUCGAUGAAUGAAGUUAAAGAAACAAAGCGAAGCCGAAAGCCUAUCCGAUUUACUCUGAAUAAGUCGAUGAUUAAGGCCCAGACUCAACGCUGUAGAAACAGAACCAUCAAACCAAAGAAAACUGCUAAAUCAUCAGACACAGGCUUAAGUGGUUCCCAUGUCCCUUGGAGAACUAAUGCAAGACUUGAAAAAAACAAAUAUAAAAUUAAGAGUCACGUUGAUGUAGCGGACCAUGCAGCUGAGUAUGGUGAAGAUUCUAUCUUUGCUGAUGUCAAGAGAAAAAGCAUGAAAGGGAAUCUGGACUCAGAAUCAGAUGAUAUCUUGUUCGGGGAUCGUUGGGCAAGGGACCAUGUGGAUGCUGAGGAGAUGAGAGACUUAAUGAUCGAGCUGAAAGAUAUCAAACGUAGAUAUGAAAAUGAGCUGAGGCAGAAGGUCGAGGUUGAUCUCAAACUCAGGGAGCUUGAAACUGAAAAUCGGAAAUUGAAAAACGAAAUUAAGCUGUUGAAGGGCGCGAAUAAGGUAUUGUAUAUGUUAAUGGUUUUUCCCCUCUGUUGUGCAGUAGAAAUAUAAUCAUCAUCUCGUGUAGAUGUGUUCUACACGUGGAGAUAGGAUGGUUCUACACAGCUUCAAACGUGGGUCUUGCUUAGACUAUUUUGUCCUGUGUUAAAAACUUAUUCUUUCGAUUAACAAGUCUUAUGAUUCCGACAACUUUCGUUCAUUCAAACUUUUCCAUAAUUUGACUAAUUUCGCUUUCCCUUUAAUUAUUUAAUUUUUAGAAGUUGGCUAUUAUUGUGUGGCCAAGGGAGGCCUAGGAAGAUAUCAGUUUUAAAUCCAGCACUGUUAUAUCGCUUUCCUGCCGCCUGCAAGAUGUAUAGACCAACCAAUUUUUAUGUUUCUUGUCUUCCUAACUUACCUGUGAACGACAUGCUAGUCCUGCAAAAUUAAUGUUUUUCUUUCAUGCUGCCAACAUUUAUCUGAUAAAGAACUAUUGUGCAAGUCCUUCUACGAAAAGACACAAUAUGCGCCAUUAAACCUUUGCUUGCUACCAGUUUUGUUUUACUCUACUUAUCUUUAUGUUUUUAGAAUCGAACGUUUCUAGUGUUGUUAUGGUUCAAUUCUUGCAGCUUUUGACGUAUUUCGUUUGUACUUCUUCCGAUAUGUCUAAAUAGCCAGCGAGACCCUUUAUACUGAUAAUUACAUUAAGAUGUUUUUGUCAAACAUUUGGAGAUGAAGAAGAUUAGUUUUUAGAACACCUUCACAAUCAUUUUCCUUCUUCGAGAUAUUAUCAGUUAUAAUGUUAUGAAUGUUGAAGUGUAAGAUCAAUAACAGCUUCAACGAAAUCCGUCUUAACCAUGUGUUUCGCAAAAUGCGGAUAUAACUAAUUUCUAACUCGUGUCAGAAAGCUGUCUUCAAAAUAAUUUGAUUGCUUAGAAGUAUUGAUAACUUCUAAGCUUACCGUAUAUCUUUCACGCAAGGCCGUACCCGAAAAUUCCGGUGCUUUGGCAGAAGAAGGAAGACGUUAUCCUGUUAACAGUGAUAGGUUUUCCCUCGUGAAAUUGCCCCAAGACAGCGCCCCUUAGAGUACAACAUACCUUUCGUUUUGCAAAGAAAGACAUGCGUGUUGCUGAAGGAUGGUUCGACAAUCUGAAAAAUGUCAAAUCGGUGCUUACAGUCACAGCCACUUUGAUUAGUUUUAGAUCUCGCUCCAACUGAUGACCCAAUUCUUCUUUUUUAUUAUGUCAUAUAACGAUCAAGCUAUCAAUGACCUUAUAUGGCUAGGGUAUCAUUCUAAAUGAUAAACAACUCAAUGACAUACAGAAGCAGCUCCCAAUUCUUUCAUUGAGCCUUAAGGUUUAAUGACCAACAGCACAUUUAACUUGAUAGUAGGUAAGGACCCCGCGAUGCAAUCAAAAAUAUCAAAAUUAAACUAUAAGUAUACUACCAUUUUGCCUCGACAUACGGGGCUUUAUCAGAACAGAUUAUAAGAAACAUUAGCGACACGGACUUAAAAGUUAUGUUUCUUAUGAUCGAUACGAUCCUUAUGACUCUAGUGAAAACCAGGCUUAAGACAUUUUAACGAUGGCGUUUUCAUUUGGAUUAUAAGAAACAUAAGCGACACGGACUUAAAAAUUAUGCUUCUUAUGAUCGAUACGAUCCUUAUGACUCUAGUGAAAACCAGGCUUAAGACAUUUUAACGAUGGCGUUUUCAUUUGGAUUAUAAUAAACAUAAGCGACACGGACUUAAAAAUUAUGCUUCUUAUGAUCGAUACGAUCCUUAUGACUCUAGUGAAAACCAGGCUUAAGACAUUUUAACGAUGGCGUUUUCAUUUGGAUUAUAAGAAACAUAAGCGACACGGACUUAAAAAUUAUGCUU